AUCAAUUCCUCAUCAGUUGCCGGGUGCAGAAUAAUUAGACGAUUGACAGUUGCCAACAGACAUGGUAUACUAGUGCCAAACAGCACAACAGACCAGGAAUUGCAACACAUUCGAAAUUCUUUACCAGAUUCUGUCAAGAUCCAGCGUGUUGAAGAACGCCUCUCAGCUUUAGGAAAUGUUACUGCAUGCAAUGACUAUGUUGCAUUAGUUCAUCCUGAUUUGGACAAAGAAACUGAAGAAGUGCUUGCAGACACAUUGAAUGUGGAAGUUUUCCGUCAUACAAUUGCAGGCUCUGUCCUUACAGGUUCGUAUUGCGCCUUCUCUAACCAGGGAGGUAUUGUCCAUCCAAAAACUACUGUUGCAGACCAAGAUGAGCUCAGUUCUCUUCUGCAGGUGCCUCUAGUGGCAGGAACAGUUAACAGAGGUAGCGAUGUAAUCGGUGCAGGCUUAGUAGUGAAUGAUUGGUCAGCUUUUUGCGGAUUCGACACGACAGCUACCGAGAUUUCUGUCAUCGAAAACGUGUUCCGUUUGAAUGAAGCCAAUCAACCGAGUGUCAUUACUACAGAUAUGAGGGAAUCACUAAUCGAGACGCUGACGUAGAUGAUUACAACGGACAACCAAAUACUGUAUCACACACGGCUUGAAUAAACAAGUUAACAUACAAUGUUGCACACCAAAAUCCUCCGCAUCUGUAGUCAUCUUGACUGUUCGCUCCCUAAUUUUUCCUUUGGUAGUCAAAGCCCAAAAAUGACAAACAACAUGCCAGAAUUGCUAGUCC